AUGAAGCAUGACAUUCUGAAGGUGUGCGUCUUCGUAGGCUUCUUGGGCUCUGGGAAGACCACUAUUCUUCAGUGCCUUCUCUCUACCCUUCCCCGUGAAGAGAAGGUGCGCAUCAUCGUGAACGACAUCAGCCGUGAUAACAUCGACGUUCACGCUUUUCAGUCAUCAAGCGCAACGCACUCCACAUCUCUUCACAGCAAUGAUGUAGUGGCGCUCUCCGGUGGAUGUGUGUGCUGCAAUCUUCUCUCCGACCUCACCGCUGAGCUGCACUUGGCUCACGCACAGGGAUGUAAGUACGCCUUUGUAGAGUGCACCGGCGUUGCGGACCCCGUUCCUGUUGUAGCUACUCUGCAUGCGCUCCCCGAACUCCGUGCGUGCGUAGAGGUCGACGCGGUUGUGGUUGUCGUCGCUGCGCCCUCCUUGCUCUCGGUUACGGCAGGCGAUCAAGUCGCUCUCCACUCGCUGGACGUGUUGCGCGGCGAUCCGAUCAAAGGCGCCAACGUCGUCCUCAUUAACAACUGGGAGUACACGGACCGCAUCGACGCGGCGAUGCUACGGCUCUGGGUGCGGCGCAUCAAGGAGUUCGCCCGCGAGUCAAACCCGCACGUACGCGUGUACUGCACGAACUCGGGGGUUUUCGCCUUCGACUCGCUCGUGUACCGCCAGGGUCUCUUUGCCGCCGACGGUGUUGCCGCCUUUUUCCUUAGCGCCUACGCUGACGCGGGUAAGGUGAUCGGUGCCUUUGGUGGCAAGGCAGCUGCUGACGAGGAGGCGGGCGAGAUGAAGAAGCUGGGCUUGCAGUUUUUCACACUCGAGCUGAGAGGGAUGGUCUUCUCGACAAAGCAGCUGCGCCGGGCUUUAUUCAGUCCUGCAGCACGGCAGCUGCUCAAGAGUGUGUGGCGCAGCAAGGGCUACUUUAGCGCCGUUGACGACGAAGGCAGUGGCGGUUUGCACUCGACCAAAGAGCUUCAAUUCCGUUGGCAGACGGUGGGUCGCAAGGUCGACUACGGCGAGGUGUUGCCGCCGUACGUGCCGCUGGCCGCUCGAGAGACCGGUGCGUCUCUUUGCUGCCGAAUUAUCUUUAUCGGCGAUUUCGACAUCAGCGCUAAGACCCAGCAGGCAGCCGCAUUUUUUUCCUCGGUGGCGUCGCAUGGUGCCCGAUGCCUCUCCCCCUCCCCUCUCCCUUUUUCUCCCUUUGUCCCCGGCGCUGCGUGCACGUAG